AUGAUGCACGCCACAGCCAGGCUGCUUGUCUUCUGCCUCCUGCCAGCUGCCUUCGCUCUGAACCCCGAGGACCCCAAUGUGUGCAGCCACUGGGAGAGCUAUGCCGUGACCGUCCAGGAGUCAUACGCACACCCCUUUGAUCAAAUCUACUACACGCGAUGUACGGACAUCCUCAACUGGUUCAAGUGCACCAGGCACCGGAUCAGCUAUAAGACGGCCUAUCGGAGGGGCCUCCGCACCAUGUACCGACGGAGGUCGCAGUGCUGCCCCGGCUACUAUGAGGAUGGAGACAUCUGCAUACCACUGUGCACAGAGGAGUGUGUCCACGGCCGCUGUGUCUCCCCGGACACCUGUCACUGCGAGCCUGGUUGGGGAGGGCCUGACUGCUCCAGCGGCUGCGACAGCGACCACUGGGGACCCCACUGCAGCAACCGGUGCCAGUGCCAGAACGGCGCCCUGUGCAACCCCAUCACGGGCGCCUGCGUCUGCGCCGCUGGCUUCCGCGGGUGGCGCUGCGAGGAGCUCUGCGCGCCCGGCACCCACGGCAAGGGCUGCCAGCUGCCGUGCCAGUGCCGCCACGGCGCCAGCUGCGACCCCCGCACCGGCCAGUGCCUCUGCGCGCCCGGCUACACCGGCGUCUACUGUGAGGAGCUGUGCCCGCCCGGGAGCCAUGGCGCCCACUGUGAGCUGCGCUGCCCCUGCCAGAAUGGGGGCACCUGCCACCACAUCACUGGCGAGUGUGCCUGCCCCCCAGGCUGGACGGGAGCUGUGUGUGCCCAGCCCUGCCCACCGGGGAUGUUUGGCCAGAACUGCAGCCAGGACUGCCCGUGCCACCAUGGAGGGCAGUGCGACCAUGUGACUGGACAGUGCCACUGCACCCCUGGCUACAUGGGGGACAGGUGCCAGGAGGAAUGCCCCCUCGGGACCUUUGGCUUCCAGUGCUCGCAGCGCUGCGACUGCCACAACGGGGGCCGGUGCUCGCCUGCCACGGGUGCCUGCUGUCUGCUAAGCCUAGACAUGGAGAGCUGCGGCGUCCCAGCUGCCUUCCCCUGCCUGGACCUUGCCCCCACUCUCCUGACCGCAAACACACGGUGGGUGGAGGGGCCAACCGCCUACAUUCUCAUACUCCUCUUUCUGUGCAGCUGCCACCCAGUGACCGGGGUCUGCUCCUGCCAGCCAGGCUGGUCUGGCCGCCACUGCAAUGAAUCCUGCCCCGUGGGCUCCUACGGCGACAGCUGCCGGCUGCCCUGCCCCUGCCGGAACGGUGCCCACUGCCACAGCGUCACCGGAGGCUGCACCUGUGCCCCAGGCUACAUGGGAGAGGUCUGCGAGGUCCCGUGUGCUGCGGGGACCUUCGGCCCCAACUGCUCAUCCAUCUGCAGCUGUGACAAUGAUGGCACCUGUUCCCCGGUGGAUGGUUCCUGCACCUGCAUGGAAGGGUGGCAGGGCCCCGACUGCAGCCUGCCGUGUCCCCGUGGAACAUGGGGCCGGAACUGCAGCGAGUGCUGUGUCUGCGCCAACGGGGCGGCCUGCAGUCCCACGGACGGUACCUGCACCUGUGCGCCCGGCUGGCUGGGGGACGCCUGCGAGCAGCCCUGCCCGGACGGCACGUUCGGGCUGAAUUGCAGUGAGCACUGUGACUGCAACCAUGCUGACAGCUGCGACCCCGUCACGGGCCAGUGCUGCUGCCUGGCCGGAUGGACAGGCAUCCGCUGUGACAGCACGUGUCCACCCAGCCGCUGGGGCCCCAACUGCUCCAUGUCCUGCAGUUGCGAGAAUGGGGGCUCCUGCUCCCCUCAGGAUGGGAGCUGCGAGUGCACCCCCGGCUUCCAAGGACCCCAGUGCCAGAGGAUCUGCCCUCCUGGCUUCUAUGGCCACGGUUGCGCCCAGCCAUGUCCCCUGUGUGUGCACAGCAGUGGGCCCUGCCACCACGUCAGCGGUGCCUGCGAGUGUCUCCCCGGUUUCUCUGGAGCCCUCUGCAACCAAGUGUGUGCCGUGGGCCGCUUUGGGCAGGACUGCGCCCAGUUCUGCUCCUGCGCCAACAAUGGGACCUGCAGCCCUGUUGACGGCUCCUGCCAGUGCCUCCCGGGCUGGAUCGGCACCGACUGUUCGCAGGCCUGCCCGCCUGGGUUCUGGGGCUCCGCCUGCUUCCACAGCUGCAGUUGCCACAAUGGGGCACACUGCCGUGCCGAAGAUGGGUCUUGCCACUGCACCCCUGGCUGGACCGGCCUCUUCUGCACCCAGCGCUGCCCAGCGGCGUUCUUUGGGAAGAACUGCGGGCGUGUGUGCCAGUGUCAGAAUGGCGCCAGCUGUGACCACAUCAGUGGCAAGUGCACCUGCCGCACGGGCUUCACUGGGCAGCACUGCGAGCAGAGAUGUGCCCCCGGGACCUUUGGCUAUGGGUGCCGGCAGCUGUGCGAGUGUGUGAACAAUGCCACCUGUGACCACGUCACCGGCACCUGCUACUGCAGCCCCGGCUUCAAGGGCAUCAGGUGUGACCAAGCCGCCCUCACGAUGGGGGAGCUGAACCCCUACACCAAGAUCAGCCCGGCCCUGGGUGCGGAGCGGCAUUCAGUAGGCGCCGUCACCGGCAUUGUCCUUCUGCUGCUUCUCCUGCUGCUGCUGUUGGGCUUGUUCGCCUGGCGCCGGCGCCGACAAAAAGAGAAAGGCCGCGACCUGGCACCCCGCGUGGCCUACACACCAGCCUUAAGGCUGAGCAGCACCGACUACUCCCUCUCAGGGGCCUGCGGCGUGGACAGACGGCAGAAUACCUACAUCAUGGACAAAGGCUUCAAAGAUUACAUGAAGGGAUCUGUGUGUAGCUCCAGCACCUGUUCCUUGAACAGCAGUGAAAACCCCUACGCCACCAUCAAGGACCCACCCGUCAUCCCCCGAAAGCUUCCGGAAUGCAGCUACGUAGAGAUGAAGUCACCUGUGCAUAGGGGGUCUCCGUACACAGCUGUGCCGUCCCUGUCGGCAUCUAAUAAAAACAUAUAUGACCUUGAACCCACAGUCAGCGUGGUCCCGGAGGGCCGCAACCACAGCACCAGCCCCUACGACCUCCCCAGGAACAGCCGUGUCCCUGGUCACUAUGACCUCCUCCCUGUAAGACAGAGCCCUGCCAGCAGACCCUCCCGGGACGAACAGGCGUGA